AAGGGGAGGAAGUAGACUCCGCUGGGGCGUGGUUGUUCGCGAUCCCUGCAUCUGUCACUGGCGGCCAAGGCUCGGCUGCUGCCGUACAGACCCGCCGGACGACUCGGCCUCAGCGCAACUAUGAACUUGGAGCGGGUGUCUAACGAGGAGAAGUUGAAUCUGUGCCGGAAGUACUACCUGGGUGGGUUUGCUUUCCUGCCUUUUCUCUGGUUGGUCAACAUCUUCUGGUUCUUCCGAGAGGCCUUUCUUGUCCCAGCAUACACCGAACAGAGCCAAAUCAAAGGCUAUGUCUGGCGCUCAGCUGUGGGCUUCCUCUUCUGGGUGAUUGUACUCACCACCUGGAUCACUAUCUUCCAGAUCUACCGGCCCCGUUGGGGUGCCCUUGGUGACUACCUCUCCUUCACCAUACCCCUGGGUACCCCCUGAUACCUUCCUCUGCAGGCCUGGGCUCAUUCUCCCAGGAUGUGCUCCUCUACUCUAAGCUCACUCUCAAGCCCCAAAGACAUGUUCCCAUCUCCUAUGUUCUUUGUCGACAUCCCCCAAUAAAGGACUCUAAUUCUCUA